AUGAACGCACGGACUGCAACAGAAGAAACAGUUGUGGCGACAUACCGCAACAGAAGAAACAGUUGUGGCAACAGAAGAAACAGUUGUGGCGUCACCACAAAUUUUACUAUCAUUGAAGAUCGCGAAGACAAGUUGUAAAAGUAUCCCUUGCUUCUUGUCUUCUCUUUUUCGAACAAAAUAGAAAAACACGGCGAGAAAAAAUUACUUCAGCACCUUCCCACAAACAAAAAGUAGAAACGAGAGCGCCAAGCAAUUCCAAUAGCACGGACCACGGCAACUUCCAUUUCAAAGAUAGAUAUUCAUACUCCCUAGCUGUAGCAGUAGCUUCUUCCAUUUCAAAACUCAUAAGUGUCG